AUGGACACCCCACGAGACGAUGGAAAGCCCUUUCUCGAAAUGGCAAGAGAUGUGGUUGAGGCCAAGCGCGAAGAACUUUUUGCGACUUGGUACGAUCAAAAAGGCAAGGCCACAAACGACCAUACAUUUGGUAGUUUAUGGGACGAAGCUGGAUUGAUCGCAUACUACCUUCGAAACCAUUGGGACGUCCGCAAGGGGCACAAGGUGGUGCUAGUAUACACCCCCGGUUUGCACUUCUUUGCUGCCUUCCUUGGUUGCUUGAGAUGUGGCGUCACGGCAGUACUCGUGUAUCCUCCAGCACCGCCACUGAAAAAGUCCCUUGCGAAGCUGAACGCGGUGAUCGAAGACUGCAAACCAGUGGCAAUCCUCACCGACAAGACAAUCCUGGCCCUCAAGACACUAGACCAGCUGACAGUACUGUCGCCGAGCAAACACGACUGGCCUAAACUGAAGUACCGAAGGACAGAUGGUCUCAAAGGUGCCUGGUUCAGCGCCAAAAAGGUCUUUAUUGAAGAUGAAAUCGGUAGCGAUCACUUGGCCUUUCUCCAGUACACUUCAGGAUCCACCUCUUUGCCCAAGGCUGUGAUGGUCACACAUGGCAACAUCGCUGCCAAUGUGAGGCUGCUCCUUGAUGGCUCGAAGCAAGGUAGAUUGGAAGCAGGAGAAGACCUGAACACAAACAAUACUGGGGCAAGCUGGCUUCCAGCGUACCAUGAUCUGGGACUCAUCUAUGCGUCCAUCAAACCAUUUAUUGGAGGGUGGCGAAUGCACUUCAUGAGCCCUUUGACUUUCAUUAAGAAUCCACUCUUGUGGAUUGAAAUCAUCUCAAAGAACCGAGUGAAGUGGUCGGUAGCGCCAAACUUUGCAUAUGAACUUGUCGCCCGCAAGUUCCUGGAGGCCAAAGCCCGCGGAGAGGAGCCGAUUCCUGACCUCGAUCUCUCUUCCAUUAACUGCCUUGCAAAUUGUGCUGAACCUAUAUCGAAAGAAAUCCAUGCGAAGUUUGGUGACUGUUUCAGAGACUACGGGCUCGGUGAAACCUGGUUUUGCGCAGGUUAUGGUCUGGCUGAAAACGUGGUUGGGGUAUCGUGGCAGCACGAAUUUCGAGUGUCCUCCACAAGGUCGCACGAUACGUCGCAGUUUGUUGCUGUGGGAAGUCGUGCCACGUUCCACUCUUCAAUUGACAUCAGAAUUGUCGAUCCACAGACAAAUUCUGAAGUUGACGAUGGCGCCACAGGAGAACUAUGGGUUUCUGGACCCAGUGUGGCAGCUGGAUACUUGAACAAGCCAGAAGUAUCAGAAAAGGCGUUCAAAGCCAAGCUGCUGCGAGCUCGAGACGGCAGCAGCCACGACAGCAACCGAAACUUUCUCCGGACCGGUGACUUGGCUUUCAUCCAAGAUGACUACCUUUUCAUUUGUGGACGCAUCAAGGAUGUCAUCAUCAUCAAUGGCGUCAACUAUUAUCCACAAGACGUCGAAGCUCUCACCCAAGAGGCAUCUGCAGCCGUCAGACCCGGCUGCGUCGCUGCGUUCCCUCCUGGCGAAUCGGCCGGGCAAGAUGGCAUUCAGGUUGUUUUCGAGCGCAGUAUCCCGAAAACGACAAGUGGCAAGAUUCAAAGACGCCGAACACGACAGCAGCUUCAACACACAAGCCUUCGACCUCUUUAUUCUCUCACCAGCAACGACGAUGACGGUCGAAAAGCAACGUUGGAUGCUGACACAGAAACAAGUGAAUCCGUUACCAGGCCUUCCGAAGGCCUCCGCGAACUAACCCCAGACGAAAAAGUUGAUACGAUCUUUCAGUCCGUCUUGGGUGAAGACUUCGAUGCCAAGGCUUCAUGGGAAUCUAACGGCUUGUCAAGCCUUCUCAGUGUUGAGCUCUCCAACAAACUCAGCGCCAAUUUCCCCGUAUCCGUACCUCCUGACUUCCAAGACAAAUACGCCACUCCCGCCGCCUUCAAAGAGUUCCUUCUUCGACGCUCCUCAGGAGCAUUUUUCCCAGUCGUUCUUCCACACCUCAAGUCGCGUGGGUCGAUGUUUGCACAGCCAAUUCCAUGGUUGUUGUCAACUGCAUUGCAGGCAGCAGGAAUCGCCUUCGUGCUUCUGCUGCUUUCAGUGAGCACAGUGCCAGCAUAUCACUUCGUUGUCGCUCUGAAUCGCUCGGAAACGACGGCGCUGAAGAUGCUGUACCCCUUGGCCUUUGCAAUUUGGCAUUUGUCCUUUUCGCUGCUCGUCAUCCUGACAAAGUGGAUUGUGAUUGGGAGAUACUCUGCUACGAAAGUAGCCGUUCCAUCGGUUCGCUUCUUGCAAUGGUGGCUCUUCGACAGGCUCAUCGACGUGUGGGAAUAUGCGACGGGCAAGUUCGUACUGAAUACCCCGCUCAUCUGGGUAUUUUACAAAGUUUUGGGCGUUGAUAUGCCGGUUUCUGUCAAAGUCAGCGGCUUUCUCAGGGAGUUCGACUUGAUCUCGAUUGGCCAGUCCGUUGCUAUCGAACACGAUGUGCACUGUCGCAAGUUCGGUCCUUGGGAGGAGUUUGGUGGAUGUGGAACAGUCACUCCGACCUUGAGGUUUCGGCCGAUUGAAAUCGAAGAUCACAGCACCAUUCGCGGGCACUUGGGUUUGGGUUCAGUUGUCGGGGAAGCAGCUCGCGUGGAAAGACUUGCUGCGGUCCCCGAAGGAUCUCAAAUUCCAGAUGGUGUAGUGGCGGAAGGAAGUCCUGCGUAUCAAAGCACCGAGACGGCACCCCGCAACACGAACUCUCCGUACUUUCACCUGAUCGGACUGGCCAAGGUAGUCUGGAUCUUCCUCGAGCUUUUCCUUUCGGCGCUGUUUGGUCUGAUGGGUGUAAUGUUGUGGAGCCUGAUCGAUAUCCCCGUUCUGGCAAGCUGGAGAUACGUCCCGAUUCUCCGUUUUGUCUUUGUAGUGGCGAUCGCCACCAUCUCGGGUCUGCUCUGCUGCAUUCUGCUGAAGUGGACCCUGAUCGGGCGCAGAAGGGCCGAUCAACACACAUCAGAAAGGCAAAAACUCUCGUAUUGGAUGGUGGACUACCACUACAACCUUCAUCUGAUCUUUUUCAGUUUAGUUGCCGAGGGUGCUCUCAUUGUCAACUUGUACCUCCUGGCACUGGGACUCGACAUCGACCAUUCCAAAGUCCGACCCCAAAACUUCCAACCAUCCAAGGUCGAUCUGAUCUCUGUAAAAAGAUCAUUUCUCAGCACCGACGCGUUUGACAUUGGUAGUGGGCGUGCCCUUCCAAUCUCAAUCGAAGACUGCAACGUAGGCCACUCGGUGAUUCUCCAACAUGGAACAAAGGUCGUUUCCACAGAGAUUCCCCCCUUUACCCGUGUGACAAAGGAUGUCGUUGGUGUGGCUAAGGAGAGGUCCGAAGACGAGAGACUCGCCUCGGCCUGCGAACGCUUGUGGGUGGAUCUUGCGGUGGCGCCCGUCAUUCUCGUCAUCAUGAUGAGCUUUGUGCCAACUUUUGAGUUCUUCCGAAGAGUUGAAUUCAACAGCAUCCUUUCCUUUCCAGUCACAAAGCUGGCCUUGGCACUAGCAGUGCACGGGGUGACAUGGUACCUUUUGGCCGUUUUGUUGCAUCGAGUCAUGUACAUCAAGAAGGAUACUCCCUGGAGCAAGACCCUCUACUCUGUUGUCUUUGUCUUUUCGGCGCAUUUUUGGGAGCCUUCCUUUUCCUGUUUGUUGUGGGGAACACCAUUUGCAAAUCUGGCACUGAGGGGACUGGGUUGUACCAUCAACGGAGGUCCCCUUUGGUUCUUUGGCAAAAGAAUCUACGAUGCCCCGCUCGUUUCAAUCAAUGGCCCAACCAUUGUGGAUUCCAGUUGGCUCAAUGGCCACAGCGUUGUUCGCGGGAAAAUCGAAUUGGGGCCGUGUCAUGUUGGUGGUGUGCUUCACGAGCGCACUGUAUGCCUUGCCCACACGUACCUGGAAGCCAAGGAAAUGGGUCCUUUUCAUUUCGUCGCUCCAACUGCUGCGCCUCCAGGUGGCGACAUUGUGUAAACUUGAAUAAUUCCAAUAACAAUCCUCCUU